AUGCGGUCGUUGGCGGUGGGAGUAUUGUGCUUCUUGGGAGGGGUGUGGGGCGACGGCUCCCGGACCGAGACAGGGGUUGAGAGUAAUCCCGCAGACGUCCGCAUCACCAACAUCCUUGGAUCACGGCGUCUUUUUGGUGGGGGCGACGGGAGCCACAGCCAACGCCGGGUGGCGGUACAACAAGUGGAUGAAGCCAUCCAGCUGGUGCGUCCCCUCAUCCAAACCUCAGCGAAGCGAGUGAUCGAGGAGGCGCGACCCAGUUUUGUGGUCGUACAGGAGGAUGAGGACGACUUGGCAGGUCCCGCUGUUUAUAGCUACGCUUGGCAGGUGUCUAAUGCGGACGAGGCUCUAUACUCUAACCAAGAGGAGUCCCGAGACGGUGACAACGUUAGAGGCCAGUACGUCGUCCUCGAUGCCGAUGGCGUCCUCCGUACCGUCCGAUACACCGUCAUAGGCGAAGAAGGCUUUAAGGCAGAGAUCUUGAGGGAGGCUGGAGUGGGCCCCGUGCAGGAGGGCCGAACGCGCCAUGCAGCCACUAGAAGCUUCGCCAGCCAGGGAAGCCACGACAGCCAGGCCAGCCGCUCUGGUUUUGGACUGGCGUCUUUAGUCCAAUCUGCAGUCGCUUCACCUGCCCGCACCGUAGUGAUCCAUACCCGGGAAGAGACAUCCAAUGACGCCUCGUCCGCUUCCUAUGGACGAGCUCAAAUUGCUGCUUCCACACAGUCUGCCUCAUCCUCCAGCAACGACCUCGGCUCCGGCUCUUUCAUCCGCACUGACAACUACGCCAUCCAGCUCUAAAAUAUAAUUUAUUCUGCAUAAAUUAGCAUAAUUUAUUUCAUGCUUUUUUAAAUUUGAGUUCUCUCCGCUCUCUCUGUUCUGUGACUGUCAGAAAUAAAGUGCCUGUCAAAUGUGAAAAA